GUGCGCCGCGCGCGCAGGCGCAGGGCCGUUGGCGCCGGGCGGGAGACGCGGCCGGGCAGCGGGGUGGAGGAGCGGAGCGGAGCCCAGACGUGUGGUUCGGAGCUUCGGCCGCCAUGCCGCGGGAGAUCAUCACCCUGCAGCUGGGACAGUGCGGCAACCAGAUUGGGUUCGAGUUCUGGAAGCAGCUCUGUGCCGAGCACGGCAUCAGCCCCGAGGGCAUCGUAGAGGAGUUCGCCACCGAGGGCACCGACCGAAAGGAUGUUUUCUUCUACCAGGCAGAUGAUGAGCACUACAUCCCACGGGCCGUUCUGCUGGACCUGGAGCCCCGAGUCAUCCACUCCAUCCUGAACUCUCCUUAUGCCAACCUCUACAACCCAGAGAACAUCUACCUGUCUGAGCAUGGAGGGGGAGCUGGGAACAACUGGGCCAGUGGCUUCUCACAGGGAGAAAAAAUCCAUGAAGACAUUUUUGACAUAAUAGACAGAGAGGCUGAUGGGAGCGACAGCCUGGAGGGGUUUGUGCUUUGCCACUCUAUUGCUGGUGGAACAGGCUCUGGGCUGGGCUCCUACCUCCUGGAGAGACUCAAUGACAGGUAUCCCCAAGAAGCUGGUGGAGACCCUACUCGGUGUUUCCCAAACCAGGAUGAGAUGAGUGAUGUUGUUGUGCAGCCCUACAACUCCCUGCUGACGCUGAAGAGGCUGACCCAGAACGCUGACUGUGUGGUGGUUCUGGACAACACAGCCUUGACCGCAUCGCGACGGGACCGGCUGCACAUUCAGAACCCGUCGUUCUCGCAGAUCAACCAGCUGGUGAGAAGGGCUCUUCCCCUUGGAGAAGCCAGCGUGGGGCUUCCCUGCCACCAACACAACGACCUCAUCGGGCUGAUUGCCUCUCUCAUCCCCACGCCCCGCCUGCACUUCCUCAUGACGGGCUACACACCGCUCACCACCGACCAGUCGGUGGCCAGCGUGAGGAAAACCACGGUCCUGGAUGUGAUGAGGAGAUUGCUGCAGCCUAAAAACGUGAUGGUGUCCACAGGGCGAGACAGGCAGACCAACCACUGCUACAUUGCCAUCCUCAACAUCAUCCAGGGGGAGGUGGACCCCACACAGGUUCACAAGAGUCUGCAGCGGAUUAGGGAGAGGAAACUGGCCAACUUCAUCCCUUGGGGCCCUGCCAGCAUCCAGGUGGCUUUGUCCCGCAAGUCCCCUUACCUGCCGUCCGCACACCGCGUCAGCGGCCUCAUGAUGGCCAACCACACCAACAUCUCCUCGCUGUUUGAGAGGACGUGCCGGCAGUACGACAAGCUGCGCAAGCGCGAGGCUUUCCUGGAGCAGUUCCGCAAGGAGGACAUCUUCAAGGACAACUUUGACGAGCUGGAUAACUCCCGGGAGAUCGUGCAGCAGCUCAUCGACGAGUACCACGCAGCCACACGGCCCGAUUACAUCUCCUGGGGCACGCAGGAGCAGUGAGCAGCCUGCCAGGGCCCAGGAGCGGCCCACAGCCACCUCUGUGCGCACCAGGGGUUGGGUUCCAGGGGCCUCACACACACACACACCACCCACCACCAUACACACGCCCCCACCCCCCCCUUUCCCCCAUCCCAAGCUGUGUUCCUCAGCAGGGAGCAGCGCUGCCCCUGCAACCCCUUGGCAGGGGCACAGCCUCCGCUCCCCGCCAGCCCUGGCCCAGGAUGGG